GUACAGUGCAAGGACAUGAGAUUACUAUAAAUUACAAAAUUAAAUAGUCAAAAAGAGAAUAACAAGGUAUGAUCACAGGUUCACAAAUCAGUCAGAGAUUUUCUGGCUGAGGGAAAGAAACUGUUUCUGAGUUGCUGAGUGUGGGUUUUCAGGCUAUCGUAUCUCCUCCUUGAUAGCAAGAGGACAUGUCCCGGAAGAAAAGGAUCCUUACUGGAAAAUGCUGCAUUUGUGAGGCAUCAGUUCUUGAAGUUGUGCUGAAUGGUGAGGAAGCUGUGCAACAAAUGGAGUUCACUGAGUCUAUAACCUUCUGCAGCCUCUAGCAAUCCUCUUCAUUGGCUGCUCCAUACAAGGCUGUGAUGCAACCAGUUAGAAUGCUCUCCACUGUACAUCUAUCGAUACUUGUAAGAGUCUUUGGUGAUAUACCAAAUCUCCUCAAACUCCUAUCGAAUUAGAGUGGCUGGCAUGCCAGCUUAAUGAUUUGGCCUCGGAUAGAUCAUCUGAAACGUGGACUCCCAGGAACUUGAACUGCUUCCCCUCAAUGAGAACUGGUGCGUGUCUCCUGACUUACCCUACAGAGAAGCGUUCCGGGAUGUAAAAAUAAUGAGAAGAUGUAUGGAAAGGAGAUGGGCCGACGGAGAUGGAACACUUUGCUGGGCAUCGCCCUUCUCUUGGUCACUGCGGGUCACUGUGAAAGCAGAGCAGAGACGAGGCAGAAAGCGAAACAAUCACCUUUAGACCUCAUCUUAAAAGGCGUGGGAGACAACAAUAACGGGCGGAGGAACACAGUUAAGCGAUACGAUACUUUCUAUGCCCUGGAUCAAGACUACAAGAGGUUCACUAAAGAAAAAGCCGUGUUUGUCCCAAGGCUGGAAAAGCCAAUAGAGGUUGUCCAUAGAGACCCCAAUGUGAAAGGGAAGUUUUUAAAGCAUUUCACAGCAGGACCAAUCUCAUUCUCAUCUGAGUGCAGUAAACAAUUUCAGCGUCUCUAUUAUAACACAAGGGAUUGUUCCACACCAGCUUAUUACAAAAGAUGUGCAAGGUUGCUUACAAGAUUAGCUGUGAGUCCUUUAUGUACACAACCCUAAAUAUUUUCCAUACCCAAGUUGCUGAAGAUGGAAAUGUGUGUUGCCUCAGAAGUGCCUUUAAAGUGGAUUGGAAUUACAGCUGAUGUUGCUUUGGUUUACAGCAUUGUUUAACUGCUGAAUGCUUUUUAUUUACAUGUAAAUGUGUAUGUAUGAGAACAUUCCACUUUUGUGUUAAUUAAGCAUAACUUUGAUUUAUAAUAUUAUUGCAUAGAAAUCAAAUAAACCAAUUAUUUAUUUAAAUAUUUUCUAUAUAAUUAUCUGCACUGCAGAUAAACAAUAUAAAACUGCAGAAACCCUGAGUAAAGUAGUAAUUUGAAUAGGUUCACAAUGUAUAACCUCCCUUUUUAGAGGAUACUGGCAAUGGACCAAGAUAAUAAAUUUACAGCACGACAAGUUCUGUUUAACAGUAGUGCCAAAAAAGGUGAUAUUCUAAUCUAUAGGAUGGAAGGUAAAUCAUUGUACUUAUAUGGGUUUUAGUUGUAUAAUAAAGCAGCUUACACUAUUCACAAAGUUUAUGAUGAACAGUUAAAAUGAAGAUACACUAAUUACCACAAUAAAUGUCCAUUGAGCGCUUUAUACUCACUGCAAUUUCUAUUUGGAGUUUGUCCUCCUUUUGGUGACAUGGCUUCAUGCUGCUAAUUGAGAAUGUUAUGCUUUAUAAGCAGUCGGUGUUGGAUUAUUGUGUUUUAAAGUUAAAGAUUCCUCAUGAUCUUAAAUGGGCCAAUCUGAUGUGCUAAUUAUUUUACAAUGGAUUAUUUCAUUGUAUUAUACCUCCUCAAUUUUGUUAAGAUGUUUAUUUCGUUAUUUGCACUGAGCUUGAAUGCAAUGCAAUUCACUUUCUAUAGGAGCUGUAAAUUGAACAUUAUUCUCUACAAAUAAUAAUGAAAAUAUUAACUUGAUCUUGAUACUUUAGUUCUAAAGCUCUGUUAAAAUGUAUUGCACAUUGAGAAUUUAAGCUUAAUAUGUACCUUGCUUUGGAAUAUUAUCAGAUAGCUCUUAUGAAUUACCAUUGGUACUGGCACUUAUGUAAAACAAUGCAAAUAAUGUAAAUAUUGGAAAAAGACUGGAAUACAACAAUGCUG